AUGACAAUCUCCACCGUUUCUGCACCACCGCCUCGUCCUUCGACCACACCACUACUGCAAUUACCAGAAGUCGUUCCUCCUCUAGCAAAAAAUGCAGCACAAAUCGCAUUAACGACGGCUAGUAGAGAUUUCCGAAGUGAUACAAUCACUGCACCAACACAAAGUAUGGGUUUGGCAAUGGCACAUGCGGCAGGAGGUGAUAAUGUAUACAAUGAUGAUUUAACCACGAACGGAUUUGAAGCAAGCGUUGCUGCUCUUUUUGGUAAAGAGGCAGGAUUGUUUGUUCCUUCAGGAACGAUGUCCAAUCAACUCUGUCUGCGUACUUGGCUCAUGCAACCGCCUUAUUCGAUCGUAUGCGAUCAAAGAGGUCACGUUCAUCAAUAUGAAGCCGGCGGUUGUGCAUUUCAUAGUGGAGCAGCAGUGGAACCCAUCAUUCCGGCAAACGGAUUGUAUCUAACGUGGAAAGACAUAGAAUCAAGGAUCGUACCUGAUGAUGACGACACACAUCAUGCUCCAACACGUAUUGUAAGUUUGGAAAAUACAAUUAAUGGUGUCAUUGUUCCACAAGACGAAAUCGUCAAUAUUGCCGAAAAUCUUCGUCAAUCAUAUUUUGAUGUCAAGCUGCACUUGGAUGGUGCACGUAUCUGGCAUGUUGCUGUCAAAACAGGUAAAUCACUGGAAGAGCUUUGUCGACCGUUUGACAGUGUCAGUGUGUGCUUCAGUAAAGGAUUGGGCGCUCCGGUUGGCAGCAUGAUGCUCGGACCCAAAAAAUUCAUUCAUAAGGCCAAACAUUUCCGUAAAUUGUUUGGAGCAGGAAUGCGUCAAGUUGGUGUAUUAUCCGCCGCAGCCCGGAUAGCAUUGGAAGAAACGUUUAACAAGCUAGAUCAUACGCAUAUCCUAGCAUCUUGGCUAGCGAGUGAAUUGCAAAAGUCAGGUGCCAAAAUUACCUACCCAACAGACACAAACAUGGUAUGGUUCGAUCCUACUCCGAUGGGCAUCUCACUCAAAGAUGUCAUCGAACGAGGUGCUGCACUUCCUGAUCCUUUCAUCUUGAACGGUAAUAGAGUUGUCAUUCACCAUCAAACGGAUCCUCAAGCCUUGCAGGAUUUGCUAUCGAUUAUACAUCAACUGCAAGGGGAGAGAAAGAUGUAA